AUGGAUUCUGGAGGAGGUUUUCUAGAUGAAUCAGCAACACAUACUGACACCAACACAGCACUAUCAGCGCACCAAGAGCACAUUGAGCAGAGACACAUUGACAAGAUAGACGAGGCCUAUGUCAACAUUACAAGAAAAUAUCGAAAAAGAGCUGAAAAAGUAGGAGGCUACGAGAGUUUGCCAGAACUGUGGCAAGAUUUCGCCCCUGUCAUCCUGGCCACCAUCCACUUGAAGGCACCCAUCCAACGCCUACUGAAUUACACGGGCGACUUUCAUGAAUUUUGUGAUGCGUUCAAAGAGGACACAGAUCUUCAUGAAUACAAGGAAUAUUUUGAUGCCAUGGAUUUCGCUUGGACUCGUGUGCUAAAAGACAAGGAUCCAACCAAAACGGACCUUGUCCGUAUCGUCAAUGUACUGAGAGAUGGACAAGACACAGCAUCGCAACUGGGAUUGCAGGAAGUGUAUCCUAAUGCAACGGAUAUCGCGGAUGAUGAUUUUAAUGAAUAA